CUGCUUUGUUGUUGUUUUGUUUCUCGCCCGUGACGAAAUUUGAACCUGGCAGAUUUGAUCGUGGACCUCAUGUUUUAGCCGACUGCUGCAAAAUAUUGCUGGAAAAUGAGCAGAAACUACGCCCUGGUCCUAUGGACGAAGACGAAGCAAACGAACACCAUUCCCGAGGAGUCGUUGGUGAAAACGUUCGGUGAAAAUGGCAAAGAAACACCGCCGUGCGAAGGCGCACUCCGCACUGUUUUGAUUGCGGAAAAGCCUUACGAGGCGAAAAUCUUAAGACUAUCUGCUUCGAAGAAAUUUCUACAGUCUCUUUUGGUUACUAAGGAUGGUGAAGUACUGAUGCAUGGCACUAAGCCUUCAACUUGUAGCGUUCUUGCGAAAAGAAGUAAACUAUUUAAUGAAGAGACAGAUGAUCAGAAAAAAGAACGCAAAGUUUUCAGAAACCGCUACUUGAACGCAGAAGAACAACAGCCCACUAUUAGUCUGAAGCCUUCGUCAGGAUGCUCUCAUGGUUGUCCGAGUUGUUGUAGUGGAACUCUCCCUCCUUUCCCGACAAUUCCGGAAGGAUUUAUAAGCACUGUUGUGUCACUUGCUCAAUACUUCCAGCAGUUCCAUCGGUCAACCAUUGCAAAUAUUAUAGCUGCCGGUCAUAACAUUGAUAAGGGAGAGCCUGAGCCUUGGCUGGUGAAGUGUGAAGGAAAGAUGGAGGUGAUUCUGGGCUCUGGUGUCUGGAUCAAUACUAAAGUUUUUGAGAGGAUUGUGCUUCAAGUAGAUUCUUCUAAGAAGCCCCCUCAGCAAACAUUAGUGAAGAACUUAUUAACACAUCUCCUGGGGGUUGAGAAAUACAUAGAGACCCCUGCUGAAAAAAUGGAUCGUCGCCUAAUGUCAGCUGUUAUUGAGUUUGUCAAUGAGAGGUAUGCUGAGACUACUCAGUCAUUUGACCGCUUCAACAGAUGUAUAAAUCUUAAUCGAGCUUACAUGACAAAGAGGAGAAAUGAGGGACUCCUCGAUGAUUCUUAUCUGACCGUCAAGUACUUUGAUGGACCUAGCAAAUUUGAGGGCACCCGUGAAGAAAGAGCCAAACUCCUCACUGAUAUGGAAGCAAAACGAGCAAGAAGAAGUGGACCCAGCGUUAGUGCAAUGUCUUCAUCAGAUGCCAAUCCAAACCUGUUUGGCAGUGCAAAUCAACUUACGCUUCCUCUUCAUAAGGAAAAUUCUGAAGACAUGCCUGUGAAUGCAAACAAAAUCAUAGUGGUGCGCAGACCAGCUACAACUUUAUCAAGCUUUGAAAACAUUCAACAAGGCUCUGUUGUUGUGUCGUCAAAUUAUCAGUCAAGUUUUACAUCUGGCACUCCAAUCAACACUUAUGCCAAUAGGUCACUCAAUCAAUCUGCUGGUAGAUCCAUUCUUGUCCCUUCGAAUCAAUCUUCUGUCUUUUCAAGUAAUCUAGUGGCUGUCACUUCUGACCGUCCUAUUGGUGCAAUGUCCCUUCCCGUUAACUCUUCAGUUCUAUCAGCCGGUCCUGUCAGAUCAGUUCCUGCCCAAAGUCUACCUAAACCAAACAUGCUUACAAAUUCAAUGACAACCCUAAAAUCUGGAGCUGCUUAUCCUGCAGCUACUUAUUCCGCUGCUUCUUAUUCCCCAAGACCUGUAAACACUAUUAACACCAUAAACACCUUAAACACUGUAAACACUGCAAACGCCCCAAUGAAUCGUUCAGUACUCACCAUGGCUCCACGUCCUGCAGCAAACCGUGUGUUGACUAGUCAGCAAAUCUCCACACCCAAGGGUGUUCUUUCAUUUACACCAACUCCGCGAAUGUCUAGUCCAUCUCCUGCACGGAUUGUAGUUGGGUCCAGCUCGACAAGUAAUUCCCCUUUGAGCACCCCCUCAAACAAAGGCAAAGAGUCGCCUGCUGCUUCAGUUAGACAUACACCUUCUAUACUGGUCAACAGAUCCCAUAAUCAGCCUGUGCGAGUGAGCGGACCUCCUCAGUCCCAGGCCAGGCCUUCAAAAGCACCUUCUCCCGAUAUCAUUGAAAUUAUGGAUGACGAUGGCCAGGUGUUCCCUCCACCUAAAAAUGUCAAAAUGGAGGAAAGCUUUGAAAUAGAGGGUGCUUUAAAUUUUGAACUGUAAAUAACCUUUUUUUUAAAAAUUGUUUUUGUAAUUUUAAUCAAGUGUGAUUAAAUUGUGAUAUUUAAGUACUUUCA